UUGUUCAGUUGUUGAGGUGCUUGUCAGCUGCUGAUUAGGUUUAUCGCAUUUUAGGUAUUCCCAUAGAAGAAUUAUUGGGGUGCCUGUCAGCUAAUUAUGGGGUGUUACACGACUACUGACACCUAUUCUGUGAUCGGCAAUAUUCAAACGAUGAAUUCCGUAGAAUUUUUUUGGAUGUUUUACGUAUGUUCUUUGUUGUCACGUAAAUAUUUGGCGCUAACAAUGAGUUACAAAAGCUGUACAUGAUAUACACCACCUUCCCAUGCACAAGUUUUCUUUUUCAUUCUUUGCGCUUUGUCUUACUUUACGAAUACUUACUGUCACAUAACUUCUUAACAUCUGGCUUUUCCUUCGCUCAUUAACUUACUACGUAAAUACAUUUGAUGAUGCACAACUUGAAUUAAUUGUUCCGGGACAGUGUUUCAUGAACGUGAUCGACAUAGGUGAAUUCCUUCUCCAUACAUCCUGUAAUCUCAUCUCGUUAAUGUCUGCCUUUAGGAUUCACGGAUUUGUUUUUUAAUCACUAGUACAGUUUUUUUUUCCUGAAUUGACUUUUUUUUUUUUCGUUUACAUAACGAGGGUGUUUGUGGUCAGGGCAUCUCCCGUGGUUGAAGGCAGCGCGCUUCCCAACAAGUCGUUAAUAUCCUUUCAGUCUUCCUCCACUACCACUGAUAAGAGUUUGUUUCACCCACUCACCUAAAGAAACUACUCGAGAUUGCUUGCAUCCGUCCUCCCGCCUGCCCACACACUAUUUCGCUGCACCAGACGGAGUAAGCCGCACUAAUUUCUUCCGUCUGAAAUUCUAAGCAAGUGUUAAUACCACCCACCCGUCCACCCUCUCAUUCACUCGUUUCCCUCGACCAAGCGGAGUGAAGGGCACAAAUCACUUCUUGUAUUAGUAGCCCAACAGAGACAAGUAUCACCAUGACACCACCUUAUCUUCUGCUGCUCCUGACGCUUCUUGGAUGUGUCUUGGCAUUGAAUUACUCCCUGCCCUCCAGUCCCUCCCCGCAGGUCAUUACCACGACUGUGACCUAUACUCUUAAUGAUGUCAAAGUGAUGACAUCGACCAUCCAGAUCACACAGAUGGCCUUAACCACCGUGACUAUCACGCACACUGCCCCAGGGAACACAGUGGUUUUGUACGGCUCUCCAGCGACCCUCGUGGUGACCGAGACACAGGUGCAGCGCAACACAGUUGAACUUCUGCAGCCGUACGUGACACUGGCCGUCGCUCCAGUCACCACCACGAUGCUGGACUCCACCACCGUCACCUCCACCAACACCCUGGAGUUCAUAGUGACCAAGACAAGGGCAUGGCACGUUACGGCUCACCAGAAGGUAUACAGAAGCACACUGGCGAAGAUAACUCAGGAGACGCACCAGAUUCCCGAGUGCUCCAUGGACGUGAAGAAAACCUACACUCACGCCCACACCCACGCCUACGCACACAGCACCACUGAUGUCACCUCCACCAUCAAAGUCGUCACCACCACGACCUCUUACAUCAUGGAGACCUUUACCACUACUUUGCUAGGCGAGGGAGCCAGUCAGUGCGUGGGUCUGUGAAAUGAGUGUGUGGGUGGAGAGAACGUGGAAUAAAAGGAAGCGAAUACUGUAAUCGUUGCAUGGGAAGAAUCUGGAAAUAACAGGCGGACAGGGAGACAGACAGUGACGGACAUAAACAUAAUAGAAACGAGCUUACACCGAGAGACUGAGAGAUCAAGAGACAAGGACAGAAGGAGGAGCAUGCUUAGAGAAACCGGGGGACAGAGAUAGUGUAACAAAGACAGAGACAGACACAAGGAACAGAGGAACAGAUGCAAAGACAGAGGGAUAGAGAGACAGAAGGACGGACAGACAAAGGCAGAGACGGAGAAACUGGAAAAAGAUGGACAGAGAACAUGUUUCGGAAAUGGAAGGAAGCUGAGAAACAGAAAAUUAACCUACAUAAUUAUCUAUCCCUAUCAAGCGUUAAGGAAGCAGGCAAUAGUGCACAAUACUAGACAGACAGGUAGGAAUGGAGGUAAUGUGGAGUCAGUAGUUUUAGUAUGAUUUGUCUUACUCUCUAUAUAAUACCAAAGUCUUAUUUACCACUUAUGGUUAACUUGCAUAAAUACUUCAGAAUAAAAUUAGCGAUUACGAAGAAACACGAGUAUCAUUACUGCUCACAACUUGGUGAUGGUAGUUGUCACGUGUCGCUCGUUUCGUUCGGACAUGAGAUUCGAGACAUUUUAUAUUUUAAAUUAUGUAUUUUAUACGCAGAACUCGCCUCCUGCAUAAACUGUUUUAGAAUAUUCAUGGUCUAAUAGGUUUAGGUGAUUUUUUUUUCCCCCUUUUUAUUUAGUCAGGCACUCCCUCAUAUUCCCAAAGACAUUUUCCUAUAAUAAUUCAUUUUACUUUUUUAAUGUUUUAUUUUUUAUUUUUUUCUCUCCUUUCUUCCUUUGUUUGCAUGUUUGUUUGUUUGUUUUUCUUUCUUUCUUUCUUCUUUAUUUUCUUAUGCAGUGUGUGACUUUUUCUUCUUUAUUUAUUUAUUUAUGCAGUGUGUGUGUGUGUGUGUGUGUGUGUGUGUGUGAGAGAGAGAGAUGCUUUCUCUCGACUACCCACCACAACUCAGGAGAUAUUUGUAUCGUGUAACUGCAUGUCCUUCCAUUGUGUGAAAUGCAUCAAUGCAUUGCUCAGCCCGAUACACAUACAGCUUAAGAUGUUCAAAUGCAGUGUCAUGUUGAAUUGCCAGCUCGUCAGCGCUGAAGAUGUUGAUAAUGAAAGGAGUUUGAUAAAAUAUUAAUAAAAUAAAUGAAUAAAAAUUACUUUUUUUUUAUGUUUUGCUUAUAUACAUGAAGAGGAUACAAAUCAUAUAUUAGGUUUUUACAAGGGCUUUUUAAUCACUGAUUAUUUUUAUCAAUAGUCCUGUGGUAAAGGAAGGGAGGAGGAGAGCAGAGGGAACAUGCAGUCUCUGACAACAGCGAGAAAUAGAACUUGAAAAUAGGAAAUAAAAGCUCAGCAUGAAGAACAGUUUUGGCGAUAACAAAUAUACUGUAAUAUGAUGGAAGGUAGAGAGAAUAAAACUGUCCUACACUGAAGUAAACAUCUAAUAUGUCUUCAUUGAUGAGACUUAAAAUAACUACAUGAAUCAAAAUAGCGUUUCACUUUUGCAUUUUUUAGUAGUUAUCUACAUUUGAGUCACAGUGCAUUUUGUAUUCGAUCUCGGCUGGAAAAGACGACGAAGGAAAGAAAAGGGAUGGAAAAGAAGGCGUGCUUUGUGCUAAAGAUUCUCGUAUUUAUUAUUAAAGCCGUUUCUAUGAUUUUUGUCUUGUAUUCAGAAAAUCAUGCGGAUGAAAAAUGAGAAGCCAAUAAGGUGCGUAGCAAAAAAUGGGGGAAAAGAUAAUUUAAAUGACUCUUUUAUACGAACUUUGGCAUUAUGGUUCAUUUACCCGAUCGCUUUUGUUUCGGAUUUAGUGUUUCUCCCUAAAAGCCCAAGGAAGAUCUUGCUCGUAGUCACUCGCCGCCCGCCCACUCGCCAGCCUGCUACGCGCCGCGGGAAGCUUCACUCGUCACCACACAGUCCAACACUCAGGAAAUUAUCAUCCCAAGACUUGCUUGAGUGGAGUCGACAUACGGUCCAAGGAGUAUCAGAAUAGAAAAUGGUGCGUUGGAGCAGUGAGAGGGCGGCGGCGACACUGGCGGUGGUGGCGGUGGUGGUUCUCCACCUACACACAACAACCGGCGCCUUCCCCUGGCUAAGGUCCUCACCUCCCCCGCCCCGGUGUGAACUAAGGCACUGGGUGUGGUACGAGAGGAAGAUCGUGAAUGCGACGCAGCUGAAGAUUGAGUACGUGCCCCUGGAGGCCGUCCCCUGCCUCACCGCCGUCACCACCACCCUAGUAUACCCUUAUUACGACACCUACACCCGCUCCGUCACAAAGCAGCCAGAGGUGAUUAAGAUUACCAGUACUGAGAUCAUCAUCGUCACCAUGCCUCUGCCGCGCAUCGUCCACGUGAACACUACCCUCAUCAUAACCAGGACGGAGGUGGAGAUGGUGACAGCGACCAGUGCACGUGUCACCACUACCACUGCCACCACCCGCACCACCUGGCUUACCCACCACCGCACGCUGCCUGCCCCGAUCCACACUUCCCUCGUGGUGGUGGAAAAGUUGGUGGAGGCAGAGGAGGAGGAUGAUUAUGAGUAUGGGUUGUAUUAUUCUGGAGGGCUUCAAUUCACUCCGCCGUCAGAUAGUGGGCACACAGCAAAGAAUUCUAACCACAGUGACUAUUAAGUUUAUUAGAUGGUGUCUUUUACUUUAUUUCUGUGAUAUCUUCUUUUUUUAAUCUCUGGAUGUUAUUUAGGGACAAUAUCAAAGGAAGUUUUAAUAUAUGUAUGAAAGCUAAGGAUGUAUAUUUUGUUUUUUAGUGAGAGGUGAAUGUGGGUUUUGUCGUGAUUUUUAUCUAAGGCAUCCCUGAAACUGUUUUCUGUGACUCCGUCCGUUCUCUUCUGUUUGAAUUAUUUCAUGAAAUUUGCUGCGUAUUCCUUCUUGCUUCUGAUUGUAAGAGAUUUUACAAGCCAAAGUUUUAAUAAAUAAUUGAAAUUA